AUGCGUAAGGUCAAAAUAGUUUUGGUUGGCGCAGCCCAUACAGGAAAAACAUCAAUCGUGAACCAAUACGUUUUCGGAUCCUUUACGCAUCAUACGGUUUCAACGACCCAGCCAGCUUUUUGCCAAAAACAAGUAAAUUACCAAGAGAAGGAUCUAUCAUUAGAAAUAUGGGAUACAGCAGGCCAAGAGAGAUAUCAUGCUCUUUCGCCAUUAUUUUACCGUGAUGCUGAAGCCGGAAUUGUUGUUUUUGAUUUAACAGAUGCAGACUCGUUUACAAGAGCCCAGAAGUGGAUUAAUGAGCUUAAGCAAGCUCGUGGUGAUCAAAUACAUAUUGUAAUUGCAGGAAAUAAAACUGAUCUUAUCGAUAAAAGAGUUGUCGCAAAAGGUGACGCAGAAGAGUUAGCAGCUCAAUUUAAAGCGCCUUACUAUGAAACUAGUGCGAAAACGAAAGAAAAUUUAGAACCACUCUUUAAUUCGAUUUGUGAGCACGUAGUUGAAUUAAUUAAUGCAGCUGGACCACCAAAAGAGUCACCAGGAAAGUCUCUUAAAGGUAACGUAGCCUUUGAGAACGAGAAACAGAACAAGGAAGGCGGAUGUUGUUAA